CUCCCAUUGGGGAGACAAACAGGAAGUAUGUUCAUAGCAGGCCAUGUGUUAGGAGGUGGAGCCACUGCACUCUAACUGCUCUCUAUCCAGCAUCCCUAUUCCCUCUGUGGUACUUGUAACUAAGGGAGUGUUUUACAGCUGGUGGCAAGAAGUAAACGCAAGGUAGUUUUAGAAAUGAACAGUGGAGCUGAGGAACAACUUUUGUUUGAUGCCAGAAAUGGGAAUCUUGAAGAUGUCAGAGAAAUUUUAGAAAGCAGCAACAAAGUACAAAUGGUGGUGAAUAUCGACUGCAAAGGUAAAAGCAAAUCAAAUUUGGGAUGGACACCUCUUCAUCUUGCAUGUUAUUUUGGACAUAGCAAAGUGGCUAACUAUUUGUUGAAGGCUGGCGCUGAUGUGAAUGUACUAAAUGACCUUGGGGACACUCCUCUGCACCGAGCUGCAUUUACUGGACGUAAGGAAAUUGUGAUGCUAUUACUGGAGUACAAUGCUGACACCACUAUAAUAAAUGGAGAGGGACUAACUGCCAAAGAUGUGACUCAUGACAAGGAAAUAAAGACCAUGUUGGAAGCCGCACAGCGUACACAAGAAAGAAAAUUGGAAGAAUCUCUUUUGGAAGCAGCAAGGGAUGGAAACAUUGCAAAACUUUCAGAGCUGCUAAACCGAGCCAAGCCACCUGACAUCAAUUGUAUUGACCAAUUGGGAAAUACUCCAUUGCAUUGUGCUGCUUAUCGUGGUCUAAGACAGUGUGCUUUGAAACUUUUAAAAAGUGGUGCAGAUGCAAAUAUAAAGAAUUUAAAGAAUCAGAGGCCUGUAGACCUUGCUCAGCGUGUGGAAUUAAAACAGGUUCUUCAAGCUAAUGUCAGCAAGUAUGUAUUUAAAGCUCUUCAGAGAUUUGAAGGCCCUCUAUACAAGAGCUCACGUUUUUUUGGCUGGAGACCUUUGUGGAUAGUUUUGGAUCAAGGUGUUCUUUCUUGGUAUCAAAAGCAAAAUGAUGCAGUAAACAAUGUUUUUCGCCAGGGCUGUAAGCAUCUAACUCAAGCAAUAUGCACGGUUAAAUCCACUGACAGAUGUUCAUUCUCUGUUAAAUGUUUUGAUGACAGCAUUCAUCACUUUAAAGUUCUUCCGAAAGGCCCUAAGCUGACAAGAGAGGAAUGGCUUGCUGCAAUUGAAGAACAUUCUGCGUAUAGCACUCACUAUUGUUCCGAGGACCAGCUUAGUGAUGAUGAAGAUGAGGAAUUGGUGCUUGUGGGAGACUUGAAAGAAUCUCUUGAGGACGCUGAGGCAUGUCACCAAAAACUUGAUAAAGAAAUGUCUGUUUUUCUUACACUGCUGAAGAAUCUAGAAUCCGUAAAAGACCUUGAACCAUCUGUUCUUCAACAAGUUAGACAAGUUACAGAUGCCUCUCAGGAAACGCAUGCUGCUUUAAGCCAAUGUCUGCUUCUCUUCGCCAAGCAGGAGAAGGCCAGAACUUUGAAACUAGAGCACGAGCAAGAAAAAAACAAGAUCUUAUCUGAAGCUCUGCAGACAUUGGCUACAGAGCACCAUGAAUUGGAGCAGUCUUUGGUGAAAGGAUCUCCCCCACACCACAGUAUUCUCAGUGAUGACGAAUUCUAUGAUGCUCUUUCAGAUUCAGAGUCUGAUCAUUCCCUGAGUGGAUUUGAAACGGUUACAAGUUAUUCCCAGGACGAAAGUGUAAACUUGGAACACAGUACGCAGGCCAAGAUGUCUGAUGAGAAAAAUCAUGGCGGUGGGGACUCAACAGCAAAUGGCAUAAAAAAACAUAGAACAAGCUUACCUUCACCAAUGUUUUCCAGAAAUGAUUUCAGUAUUUGGAGUAUUUUAAGAAAAUGCAUUGGAAUGGAAUUAUCCAAGAUUACCAUGCCAGUUAUAUUUAACGAGCCACUAAGCUUCCUACAGCGACUUUCAGAAUACAUGGAGCACACAUACCUCAUCCACAAAGCAAACCUGUGUACAGACACAGUGGAGAGAAUGAAGUGUGUAGCUGCUUUUGCUGUCUCAGCUGUUGCAUCACAGUGGGAGCGAACAGGAAAGCCAUUCAAUCCAUUGCUUGGGGAAACAUAUGAGCUUGUCCGUGAUGAUCUUGGAUUUAGACUAAUCUCCGAACAAGUCAGUCAUCAUCCACCAGUUAGCGCAUUCCAUGCUGAAGGUGUUAACAAUGACUUUGUUUUUCAUGGAUCCAUUUACCCAAAACUUAAGUUCUGGGGAAAAAGUGUAGAAGCUGAACCCAAAGGAAUAAUAACACUGGAACUUCUUAAACACAAUGAAUCUUACACAUGGACUAACCCAACCUGCUGUGUGCACAAUAUAAUAGUAGGAAAACUUUGGAUUGAGCAGUAUGGCAAUAUGGAAAUAACUAAUCAUAAAACGGGGGAAAAGUGCAUUUUAAAUUUUAAGCCUUGUGGUCUGUUUGGUAAAGAACUGCACAAAGUGGAAGGGUACAUUCAAGACAAAAGCAAAAAAAAACUAUGCGCUCUUUAUGGAAAAUGGACGGAGUGUUUAUAUAGUGUUGAUCCAACCAUGUUUGAAUCAUUUAAAAAAUCUGACAAGAAAAAUGGAGAAGACAGGAAAAAUCCUAAACAGACCGGUAGUGCAGAUGAACCUGAUGAAGUUCCUUUGCCAGAUUCAGAGACAGUUAAUGUGAUUCCUGGGAGCACUUUACUGUGGAGAAUAGCCCCUCGUCCCUCUAAUUCUGCACAGAUGUACAACUUCACUAGUUUUGCUAUGGCUUUGAACGAGUUAGAUAAGGGUAUGGAAAGUGCAAUCCCUAGAACAGACUGCAGAUUGCGUCCUGACAUAAGAGCGAUGGAGAAUGGAGACAUUGAUUCAGCCAGUGAGGAAAAGAAAAGGUUAGAAGAAAAACAAAGAGCUGCUCGUAAAAAUCGCUCCAAAUCUGAUGCAGACUGGAAAACCAGAUGGUUCCAUCAAGGUCCCAACCCAUAUAAUGGCUCUCAGGACUGGCUUUACUGUGGAAAAUACUGGGAUAGAAACUACACCAGCUUGCCAGAUAUUUAUUGAGUUGAAUGCAAGAAUGACAAAUCUUUCAAACUGUGAAAUGUAGAGGUGUUUAUUUAAACUUUCCAACAGAGUUGUAUCUUUUAUAGCACUUACUUUACUAAUCCAUGAAUGGAUUGGAAUGCAUUUUAAGAAGCAAACGUAUCAAGCAUUUCAUGAUUACAUAUUCUGCAUUGAGAUUCAUUAGCAGCAGUACAUUUAGGUUUCAAAGGGUGCUCUCAGUAUUUAAGUUACAUUCAAAUGCUUUACAACAUGAAUAUAUUAAAAUAAAAUAUGUAAAAUAAAAAUGAAUCUUCUAGCCAGAUGUAGGAUGUUUUGUAGUUUAUUGUGAAUGCCGAAGAAUAUAAGCACAAUGAAAAGGUGCUUCCUUUUAACAAUAAAUGCUUAGAUUAUAAAUAUA